UAGCGCAGAGAGCAGCUCGGACGUCAAACCGCAUGUUACGUCUCAAGGUGACAGCUGGGGCGGGACUUCCCGUGACUGCUACUCGAUGCCCAGGAAGUCGUCGUGUUACUUUUUUCUCCUCCUCCUCCUCUUCUUCCUCCUCUUCCAGUCUUCUUACCGAGAAACUAGAUAAACUAAAAAAGGGGGGACGUUAAGUUGCUUUGAUAGCCGGGGGAAAUAGUUUAACAAAGUUGAACCGGUUGUCAUCGAAGGACCGUCGGAGAAAAUGCUCCACAGGAGGAAGAAGUGCUCACACUGUCAGGAUGGAAGAGGAUAUUGAAAGCUAAAAAAGAUCUGACUGAAUCACAACUUUUACUCCCAAGAUGUGCCACCCCCCCAUCAUCAUAUUUCAUCCAGUUUCACCACCAUCGACACCGCAUCGUGUCCUUACAACGACUACAACAAAGUGCCGCUCCAGAUCUCUGAACAUGCACUUGUGAUGAUACACAGGCCGCCCUUCCCAUAUCCCGUUCCUAUUGUCUGUAACAAGGACACGUCUUUCUACUCAGACCCUGUCCUCUUGCACCCACCUCCCUCCCCCUGAGUUUCUGUGCCAUGCUCCGCAAGAGAGGCUCUCUCAUUCUUUGUGGUACGUUCCUGUUUAUCACCUGGAAUGCCAUAUUGGUACUUCUUCUGUGGGGCAGACCCCCACCGGGUCAGCCGGGCGAGCCUGGCCGAGAUAAGGGAGAAGUGGCUGAAGGCCCCACUCAUGACGUGGUGGCUGACGUGCUACGGAUGGCAGACACGUUCGAGGCAGAGCUCGAAAGGCAGAAAAAUAUCCUGCUGCAGAUCCAGAAUCAUCAGUCGCUGUGGGAUCCAUCGAACAGAGACAAACCGAAAGUUGACGGCCCCCGUCAGCCUGUCAUUCCCAUCCUGGUGAUCGCCUGUAACCGGGUGACUGUGAGGCGCUGCUUGGACAAACUCCUGCAGCACCGUCCUUCAGCAGAGCUUCACCCGAUCAUAGUGAGUCAGGACUGCGGGCACGCGGAGACCGCUGAGGUGAUUCGGUCUUAUGGAAAUCAAGUAACUCAUCUGAAACAGCCGGACUUGUCUGAUAUCGCCGUGCGACCGCAGCACAAGAAGUUUCAGGGUUACUACAAGAUCUCCAGGCAUUACCGCUGGGCUCUCAACCAAGUGUUCAAGACCCUUUCACACACCUCUGUUGUGAUUGUGGAGGAUGACCUGGAGGUGGCGCCAGACUUCUUUGAGUACUUCCGCGCCUUGCUGCCACUCCUGAAAUCCGAUACCAAUCUUUGGUGCGUCUCAGCCUGGAAUGACAAUGGCAGGGAUGGGUACGUGGAUCCAGGCCAGACUAACCUGCUCUACAGGACAGACUUCUUUCCAGGCCUGGGAUGGAUGCUUCUCAAGGAUGUGUGGGAGGAGCUGGAGCCUAAGUGGCCCGCCGCAUUCUGGGACGACUGGAUGCGUCAGCCGGAGCAGCGCCGCGACCGUGCCUGUAUACGCCCAGAGAUCUCACGAACUUUGACCUUUGGGCGACAGGGAGUGAGCCUGGGUCAGUUUUAUGACAAAUACUUGCGAUACAUUAAACUUAACACCAAAUUUGUGCCUUUCACCAAGUUAGACCUGAGUUACUUGAAGGAGGAGACGUAUAGAAAACUUUUUGAGAAGGAAGUUUACAGUGCACCUGUGGUUACAUAUGAAGUCGUUAAGCAGGGGCAGCUAAAAGGACCCGGGCCCUUCCGCCUACAGUACUCAACUAAGGACAGUUUUAAAGUGCUGGCCAAAAACCUGGGUAUCAUGGAUGACUUAAAGUCUGGAGUCCCUAGGACAGGAUACAGGGGGGUUGUUAGUUUCAUAUCAAGAGGACAGAGAGUCUACUUAGCUCCUCCUCCGGGAUGGACCCAGUAUGAUACCAGCUGGAGCUGAUGAUCCAGACGCCUUUUUUUUUGUAAAUGUCAGUUGGGGAAAUCAUUCCAGACCAAAGACUGAUGUUCUUAAAGUCUCUCUCUUUGACUGAGUGACACGACUUAUCGCCCUUGAUGAUAAUGCAGAAUGGAUUGUCCCUCUUUCUGGUGUAGGGGUUUUAAUGCCAAUACCACUCAGGUCUUUUUUUCAUUAUUCCAAAACGUUUCUUACAAUGUAGGAUACAGCCUAAUCAGUUUGUCAGACAAAACUGCUGUUAUUCACUAGAGAUCUAUUUUUAUAUUAUGCUAAUCGUGCACAUGACAUUAAUUCAUGCAUUCAGUGCAAUUACCUAGUUUGCCUGCAUUUUUGUUUAAAUUAUUCGGUAGCUGUUUUUAGAAUCUGUGGUAUGGUUGCUUAUGGUGGUGGUGACUGGUCAUAACUGCAGUAUAAUCUGUCAUUUGAUUCUCGGUGAAUAUGUCUUUUGAAAAUCAGUUCUUCCUGCUUACAUUUAAAUGUCAGAUAAUUUGGUUUCAUGAUUCACCGAUGUAUUACGCUGUGCAGGUUUGUUACCUUUACAAAUGUCAACAUUUAUGUGUUUGUAUUUGUUUUGUUUUUUUGAAUAAAAAAUGAUAAACAAUUUUGAA